AUGCUGCCCAGCGGCCUCCAGCGGCUCAACCUGAGCCACAACGGCAUCUCGUCCAUCCCAAGUACUAGCGAUCUCUCGCGCAACAAUGAGCUUCACGAGCGUCCGCAACGUGUCGACAUCUCUGCGCUCCAUGGCAUGGAGAACCCGCUCCAGAAGCUCUGCCCCAUGUUCGACAAGCCCUCGACGUCCUGUCUGUGCGUCGCAUGGCACAUCCGUCGUCUUCUCAUGCGGCGUCCUCUCUUGUACGAGGUGUUUUGGGAAGAGCCCACCGUCGGCGACGCGCUCCCAGUCUUACACCGGCUGCUAAACUUUACCAAAAACGUCGGGCGCCCGCCCACGCCGCCGAUCGACCGACGACUGGCUCGACGCCGAAUGGAUGGCGAUGCCAAUCUUACGCCGAAUCGUCGCUGCUGCAUGUCGCUCAUCUCGGUCACACUCGUGGGCCUCGUCUGGGGAGUGCGCCGCUCGAGCAAGGAGACGAUGUGGCUGCACCCCGAGACCAACAACGACGACAACUCGGCCUUUUACGAGCACGUGCCCCACGAUCUGUGCCUCGACCCGCGUUAA